UACAGAAGUGCGAUAAUUGUACUUUUUUCAUAAUGUUGAUGAUGAUAGAAUCUUGGGUUGCUGCAGGGAGCAGGUCGAACCAAACAGAAAGCUGGUUAGUUGGAGAACCAAGCAUACAUCUUCCAACAGUGGACGUCCCUUAGAGGUUCUUUAUGCUAUUGGAGGAUUAAGCCCUACAGGCAUCAUCAGUGGUGUAGAGCGUUACAGUCCCCUGGAUCACGAGUGGCAGGUCCUGGGCUCACUCUCAAGGCACCGGAGUGGCCUUGGCGUGGCUUCCCUUAAUGGAUCCAUCUAUGCAGCAGGUGGCUAUGAUGGACUUGUUUGCCUCAAUAGCGUUGAGAGGUAUGUGCCUGAAAUCAAUGAGUGGAAGAGAGGUGUUGCACCUCUUAGUGAACCCAAGCAAGGUGUAGCGAUGACUGAACUCGGCGGUUACUUAUAUUGUGCUGGUGGCUUUGAUGGGCUGGUGUGUCUCAACACUGUGGAAAGGUACGACCCUGUGCUGGACAGAUGGCAAAAGAUGGCACCUAUGAACUGCCAUCGAAGAGGCCUAGGCUUGGCAGCGCUGGGUGGAUUCUUGUAUGCCGUUGGGGGCUCCGAUGGCUAUUCUUCCUUACGCUCAGUCGAGCGCUACAAUCCCAUAGAAGACCGGUGGACUCCCUGCCCUCCACUCCGGAGCUGUCGUGAAAACCUGGGUUGUGUUGCGUCACAAGGCAAGAUCUAUGCUGUUGGUGGGCAGGAUGACGUAACCGAACUGUGCACUGCUGAGCGCUUUGAUCCACUCACCAAUAGAUGGAUUCCCAUUAUGCCCAUGAAGUCAAAAAGAAGUAAGGUAAAUCUUGCUGCUGUCGGUGGAUACCUCCUAGCCAUUGGUGGAUAUGAUGGCAUCGUUCAUGUUUCAACGGUAGAAGCCUUUGAUCUGGAUAUCAACUCAUGGAGAUGUUUUGGCAGCAUGAAAUGCCGACACCCAGGUGGAGGUGUCACCGUGAUCCAAAUGACCCCAGAAGAUAAGGAAUUCUUUGAAUCCCAUUGGAGCAGAUAACCAGAAGAUGAAAAAGAACUAAUUCUAGGUUCAGGAUAGGUUGGUUGAGAUAUUUAGCUAGAACUGAGUAGUAGC